UCGCUGUCGCAAGGAUCUCGCACAAUUGUUGGAGCACACUACGUAACGCACUCCCUCAUCGCGCACCACACCCUCCCGCCUCAUAUUAUUGCUCGUCUCCCACUAGACUCUGGUUCAACUUCCGCAAUCGUGGCGUCCUCCAGCGUGCUCGAGAACGUAUACAAUUCCAUCAUCCAGACCAACUUAUCGAGUCUGCUGCCACUGCCCGCCAACCUCAGUGCGACGGUUGAACAAGCGACUAAGGUGGUUGAGGGCCUUCUGGGCAUCUCACUCAGAAACCACGUCCCUUCCGAGGAGCCUGCCACCGCCUACAAACGGCUGUCGGCCACCUUCCUCGACUUCGUCGCCGGCCGAACGGCGCUAGAGAACACGUCCAUAUUCCUCGCAUUCACCACAUUUCUAUUCCUAGCCAUGUCGUGGGCAUCACGCUUCGGCGGCACGUUGGGCCGGUUUUCGCCAUUCACUCGAUCACCGCCUCAAGGCCCCACCAAACAACAGACAGAAGUCGACAUGGGUCCACCGCGCGAUACGGACGUGCUGAUUCUCCGUAACAAGAAGAAGGAAUACGCUGUGCACUUUCCUGCCUACAGCAUUGCCAAAGGCGAGCUCACCGUGGGGAAAGUGAGAGAUCAGGCUGCGAAGGCAACGCAAUCAGAUGCGCGACGAAUCAAGCUGUUGUACAAGGGCAAGAACUUGAAGGACGACUCGAGAUACUGCAACCAGGAGGGGCUGAAAGAUGGCGCAGAAUUGCUGUGCACCAUUGCUGAGGGGAUCUCAUCGCCGAGCGAUAGUGAAGACUCGGACGAUGAGUUUGCAGGAAUCAAUGGCGCGGGUGGAGCAGACGGCGAGGGCAAGCGUAAACGCAACAGAGGCAAGAAGACGAAGCGCCGGAACAAGCGUGAACAAUCGGGCACGUCGACACCGCAGUCUGGCGAUCCUUCGCUGGGAGUGCCAAACGGCCAGCAGGGCUCUCGCGCUCAAUCACCUCGACCACCACCAUCUCCUGCCACUCCUCUUGACAAGCUCAACGCGCUCCACCUGAAACUGCAAGAGUUUGUGCCUGCGUGCGAGGAAUUCCUGGCAUCACCUCCAAGCGAUCCGGCAAAGAAAGACUUCGAGCACAAGCGGUUGACCGAGACCAUUUUGACACAAGUCUUGUUGAAGACAGACGGCGUCGAGACCGAAGGCGACGAGGAGGCUAGGGCGAGAAGAAAGGCGCUUGUGAAGGAGACUCAGUCUUGGCUCAACAAGCUGGAUGCGGCGAGGUAAAAAUGGGCACGGCGUAUGUGUUGGACGGCACUCUUUACUUCUUCUAUUAGCGAUCACUUGCACGAACGACGCGGACAGCAUUGCAUGACGAGGCGAGGCGUCGAGGUAUUGCAGGACAUUGAGCUCGUCUUGGAUCGGGUCUGAAGCGUUUAUGUAGCUACAGAGCGAUGAAUAUGACCCAACCUGGUCGAAGACUAGAAAGCACGCCUUAAGCAACACUUGUCUCCACUUGACUGUCCACGGCAUGCAUUCCCUGGAC